AUGUCUGCAGAGAGCCUCUACCGCGAGGCGGAAAGUAAGAUCAACAAAUUUUUUUUUAAGGAUCCUGAAAGGGCGAUGGAGCUGUUUGAAUCGGCAGCCGCCCGAUUCAAGACUGAGAAAGACUACAACCGUGCCGGGGAGGCGUACAUGCGGGCCGGCGACUGCGCGGUAAAGUGCAGGGACAAGCUUUCCGCCAGUCGAGCGUACACUAACGCCGUGAACGCGUACAAGAAAACCGACAUGAAAAUGGCCGCAAAAUUGAUGGAAGUUGCCGUCAAUCUACAGAUUGACAACAACACGUUAAAUGGUGCCGCGAGGUUGGAAAAGGAAUUUGCAGAGGCUCUCUGCGAAACUGGUCAGCCGUUGGAUGCAAUUCCGCAUUAUGAGAAAGCCAUACAAUACUUCAGCGCGGAUGAUAUGAACAGUCAAGUAAAAGCGUGCACAUCUGCCAUAGCAAGAAUAUAUGGUGAAAAUGACAUUUUUGACAAGGCCUUGUCACUCUAUGAGCGACUGGGCAACAUGAGUGUCGAUGGCCCGCUGCGCUAUGAGGCAAAGGAGUUCUUUGUGCGCGCAAUGCUCUGCCGCCUUGCUGCCGUGACAGAUGAUAACCGUAUUGAAAAAAGUGCCGAGGCGUUGGAAGCGUUGGAAACGUACAUGAUACGCGACAAGUAUUUGAAGAACACUCGCGAGGCCGAAUUUCUCCAGAUGUGCACCGAAGCGGUGGAGGGGGCCGAUUUGGAGAAGUUUGAAACGGCCAUCUCCCUUCUCGACGAGCUCCGCAUGCUGGAUGAGUGGAAGACCCAUGUUUUGCUUGUCGUCAAGAAGAAUAUGGAGAGUAUUCGGUGA